AUGCGCAUCGCUUCGCCCUGGUGGCUGUUCUCAGCCUUCCCAUCGCUGUCUUCCGGAGCCACCCCUCUGCCUGUGAAUGGCACUCGGGGAAUCGACCUGUUCGAGAUCCAUUUGCCCGUGAACUGGAAGAAUGCCGUCACAGACGGCGUGGAGUUUGUCUUUGUGAAGGCAACAGAGGGAAGCAGCUACAAAAACCCACGAUAUCCCUCCCAAAGGGAAAACGCCCUAACAAACGCCCCAGGGAUCUUCCACGGCGCAAUCCACUUCGCAAAGGCGGCAUCCAGCAGCGGCGCUGACCAGGCCACGUUCUUCCUGAACAAUGGCGGGAACUGGACUGCAGACGGGCAGACCCUCCCGGGCGUCCUGGAGAUGGAAGGAAACAUCGCCGGAAAGCUAUGCCACGGGAUGGAAGCGGGCGAAAUCACAGACUGGAUGGCGGAUUUCUCGCACACUUAUAAAGAAGCCACCGGUCGACCGCCGCUGCUGUUUCUGUCUGCGCAGUGGUGGGGGAAGUGUGCCGGGAAUGAUACCUCCUUUGGCGAGACGCAUCCGCUUUGGCUGGCGAAUUGGGCGGAUGAGAUGGGUGAGUUGCCUGUUGGUUGGGAUGAGGCGAUGUUCUGGCAGUAUGCGGCGAUGAGUGGGAGUGGGGGGGAGGGGGAUGUGUUUUUGGGGAGGAGGGAAGACUUGAAGAGGUUUGCUUUGGGAUUGUGA